GGCCGGGGAGAGACUGAAGCGGACAUGUUUGUUUUGGGAGCCAGUUCCCGCAACAUAAAUACUGAUGUCGCCAUCUAUUAUCGCCUGAUGACAUGAUCGUUAUAAAAAAUGGACGAGAAAAUGGCCCGUAACAAUGUCAUCAACGCCAGACGAUAUGCCGGUAGUAGGAGCAGCCAAUAGCGCGAAAGUCAGCUGUCCAGCCCCGCCCCUUUCUCCUUCAACGAGCAAAUCGGGAAGAGCAAAGCGGGCUCGUCCUACCACCUCCUCGUAUGCCCGCGCGAAGGGGGCGGGUGGUGCAUUUUACUCUCCUCAGACUCAAAAGCAGAAGGACGGCGGGUCGCCGAGGGACGCUGUGACUCUCAGCCAUCACCACCACUGUCACCGCGCACAGGAUGGCGGCCGUCGCAGGGUUCCGCGCCUCCUACCAUCGUCUUCUAGAUCGCAUCGAGCUCAUGCUGCCGCCCCGGCUGCGCCCUUUGUACAAUCACCCGGCAGGUCCCAAAACAGUAUUUUUCUGGGCACCUGUUAUGAAAUGGGGCCUGGUAUGUGCUGGAAUGGCUGAUAUGACCAGGCCAGCAGAAAAACUCAGCACAUCACAGUCGGCGGUGCUAACGGCUACAGGCCUUAUCUGGUCAAGAUACUCUCUAGUUAUUAUUCCUAAAAACUGGGGUCUGUUCACUGUUAACUUCUUUGUUGGCUGUGCUGGUGGUUCUCAGCUGUACCGUAUCUGGAGGUACAACCAAGACCUGAAAGCCAAGGAACAAGAGAAUCAAAAGUAAAAAGCCCAGAUCAAUUCUUCACAUCUCAACUUCCCAAGGAACCUAGCUCCAGUCUUGUGUAGCUGUCCAGUGUGAAUUUUUACUAAACCGCUAGAGCAUGUUUUUCUAUUAAUUUGGGAAAUAGUCUCUUUACAUUGAAAUAAAACCUUCAGAUAGAAGUAAAAGAA